AUGCCGGCCACAGGAAUUAACACGACGGGAAUCACCAUGGACGACGAUGAUUGGCUGGACGAUCCCGGCGGCGAUCCCGAAAAGCGCAAGCAGCAGCAGCAGGAGCGGAGAGGACCUGGAAAAGGUGGCCGUUGGUUUCCGUCGGCUGAGGAGGAGGAUGCGGAGGAGGUAGGCGGCGCGGAUGGUGGUAUCGGCGCGGGAAGCAAACCGAGUCGCCUUUCCGCUGACGCUAACGCUGACGUUCUCGCGGUUGCGGAUUGGGGCCGCGCGCCGCCCUCGAGAUUGCCGUGGGGCGACUACGGCGAUGACGUGGACCCGUCGCGCGAGUCGUCGUCGGUGCUGAGGGCGGAGCGCGGGAAGGAGACGGGGGGACGGGACGCGCGUGACAGUAACGAGCGGCCGUCGCCGCCGUCUCCGACGGCUUCAGGUGAGGCUGAUGUGAAGUGGGAGGGGGGAGCAACAAAGAACGAGGCGCUGUAUUUGUCGGGCGGCAGUGCCAGCCAUGAUGAAUGCGUCGCUCGGCUCUCUCUCCCAUUCCCGUCUUCCCUGCCAACUCUUCUCCCCCCUUCCCCCGCGCUCUUUCCGUGCGCUCUCUUCCCCCGCGCUCUUCCCUUGCGCUCUUUCCGCUCGCGCCCUUCCCCCGUGCCCGUGCGCCCUCCGCUUUAUGCAGGCUCCGAUGCUAGCACAGGCACCGGCCGCUCGCGCCAGAAGGGUGCGGCGGGCGCAGCAGCCGCGGCGGCUGCAGCGUGGCGCAAGCGGAGCGGGCGCAGCUCGUUCCGCCUUGGCGGCUCCAGGCGGGGAGAGGGCGCGGGGGAGAGCGAACGCGAGGGGGAGAAAGAGGGGAAGGCGCAGGCGGAAGGGACGGACGCGGAAGGGGGGAAGAGAAAGAUGGGGGGAAGGGCGUCGAAAAGAGGUGCGGAAUCAACUGCGGGGGAAGGGGAUGAGACCUCGGAGGGGCAAAUGCGCGCGCGCACUCCCCGCACUGCGCGCACUCCCCGGACUCCGCGCACUCCGCGCACGCCGCACACACCCAGAACGCCCCGCACCCCCCGUAGCCUUGCGCACGCGCACAGCCACGCGCGUAAUGCGCGCACGCCACGGUCCCGCGGGCCCACCACGCCUGGCGGCAGGCGCAGCAGAAGCAGGGGGAACGCGGAGGGGUGGGGGGAGGGGAACGCGGGAUGGAAGAGAGGGGAAGAGGGGGACGAUGAGGAUACGGUGGGGGAGGGUAGGGGGGCGCAGAGACGAGGGGGGGGCAGUAGGUAUGGGAGAGGCGGUGCUGGGGUAGGUAGUACUGGUGACGGUGCUGCUGCUGAUGGUAGUGUUGGUUGGGGUGGGGGAGGGAGCAGUGGGGACGAGGAAGGGGAGGAGGGGGUGACAGGAGCUGGUGUGAGGUUGGGGGGGAGGAGGAGGGGGGGGAGUAGGGGGAGCGGGGGGAGUGAUGCGCGGUGGUGGCGGAAUAUGUCUAGAGAUGGGGACAUGGGGAGUGAGAGUGAGAAAGGGGAGGGGGAGGAGGGGAUGGAGGGAGGGAAGGAGAAGGCAGGCAGGCAGAACGGCGCAAUGAGCAAGCGUAGCAGCGGUGCUGCUGCCAGUGGGGGCGGUAGUGGUGCUGGCAGCAGGAGCGAGCAUGCAAGAAGCGGCGGUGACACUGAUGCUGAUGCAGGCUCUGAUGCCACCGCAGCAGCAGCUGCAGCAGCAGCGGCAGACUUUCCCCCAAGCGGCGGCAGCAACAAGAGCACAGAGAGCCGUCAGCAGCAGCAGCAGCAGCGAAACUCGUUUGCGCUUGGGUUGGACCAUAGCCGCUUCCUGAGCCGGGUGUAUGGCAGUGAGAGCAGCCGAGGUGAUGCAGGGCCGGGGGGAAGCUACAACUGGCGCACAGAGGAUGCGGGGCAUGGGGGAACCGGUGGGGGGGGUGGAGAGAGUGGGGAAAAUGGAGCGGUGGCGGGGAGUGAAAAGCGGUUCUGGUGGGAGACGGGUGCGGUUGGGAGAAAGGAUGAGGGAGAGGGAGAGGUGUUUGGAGCGAGAGUGGGAGAUUUGGGUGUGGGUUUGGGAGGGGCGUUUGGAGGAGGGAGAGGUGCGCAUGCGCAGAUUGGGGCAGGGGUGGUUGGGGAGAGUUUGUUUUUGAGGCGGUUGCGGAACAGCUAUGGGGGGGAGAAGGACGUUGAUUACUGCAGUACUGGCAACGCGAGUGUGGGGGGCGGGGGUGAUGAUGCUUCCCAUGCUACCCAGAUGCAUAAUCGUGCACCUGAGGAUGCUGCUGGUAGUGCUGAUGGGAAUGGUGAUGGUGGUGGGAAUGGCGAUGGUGGUGGUUAUGGUGAUGGGCAGAAUGAGCAUGUUGAGCAUGGUGAGUAUGGUGAGUAUGAUGGCAGGCAUGAUGACAAGCGCUAUGACUAUGACAAUCACACGCCUCCUGCUGCUGCCAGCUCUGCGGUGCUGACUGCUGCCAUAACCAUGCUCAACAAGCCCCUGUCCCCUGUCAAGCCCCCCGGCACCCCUUCCUCCCGCUCCCCCCGCAUCGCCUCCCUCCGCUCCCCCCGUUCCCCCGCCUCCUUGUCCGCGCGCCCUUCCCCCCCUCUCUCCCCGCUCUCCCCCCGCGCCCCCCUCCCCGCACCUGACACCUCCCCUGAACACGCUGCUUCGUUCCCGCUUGACCUACCUUCGUCCGCUGUUCCCCUGCCCGCCCUGCCCGCCCUGCCCGCCCUGCCUGCUCUGCCGGCGCUAUCAACAAGAGAACCUACCCUAUCUCUAUCAUCUCCCUCUGACUCCCAUGCUGCUUCUCCUCCUCCUCCCCCAUCCGCGCUUCACCCUGCUUCCUCCUCUCCCUCCGCGCUCCCUCUCGACUCCCACCACCCCGAACCGUUCUCCACACCUCUGUACCUGGAAGAGCCAUCAUCCCUGGCGCUACCUGCUGCUGCUGCUUCGGCAUCCCUUCAACCGCCCUAUACCUCCUUGCAGCCCACCUAUACCUCUCGUUAUGCUGCUCAAUACGGGGCAGGGGCAGGAGCAGGGGUAGGGGUAGGGGAAGGGGCAGCAGGGGCGGGAAGGGGUGGGAGGGCUAGAGUGGGGGUGGCAGCAGCGGCCCUAGCAGCUAUGGCGGGAGGGGGUAAGGGCAGGAAGGCUUGGUCUCGUACCACUGCUGCUGCUGCUCCUGCUGCUGCUGCUGCUGCUGCUCCUGCUGCUGCUGCUGUUGCUGCUGCUACCCCUGCUGCUGAUCUUGAUGCUGCUGCUGCUGUGGGUGAAGUGGAGGGUGGGGCGGAGAAAGGGGCAGCGGGACGGGAGGAGGGAAGGAGGGAGGAGGAGGGGCAAGGGAAGGCGAGAGUGGGAACACGGAGGAACCAGGAGGAGGAGCGGCAAAGGCUCAAGGCGCUGAUUCGCAGCAGUGAGGAGGGGGACGUGGGGGACGUGGGGGACAGUACGGGGAGCGUGGGGGGAACAGGAGUGGUGGGCCGGGCUUUUGAAAAUGAGGCGCAUGGGGUUGGCGCGAAUGGGGAUGAAGCUGAUGGGAUGAGGAGCAGCAGUGGGGGCUCAUUCGGGUGGGGCAUGCGGCUGUUGCAGCAGUCUGGUUCCGGGUGUAAAGAGGUGGAAAUUUUAGAGGGAGAUGGGGAGAGUGGCGAGGGGAGAGGAGGGGAGGAGACGGAGGGGCGUGAUGAGAGUGUGGCACGAGGGGGGGUGGUGGGCGUGACAGGGGCAGUGGCAGCAGCACACGAGCAGGAAGCAGAGAGGGACGAGGGGGGGAGAGGGGAGCGAGGAUGGGGGAGUGAAGCGGAGGGGAAGGGAGGGGAGAAGGAGAGAGAGGAAGCAGGAGCUCCGAGUUUUGAACCGUCUCGAAUUAAGAAGGAAAGGAUGGAAGCAGGGGGAGGAGGAGGUCCGGAUUACUCCCGGUUCUGGAAUCAGAGCAGGGCUAGAGCGGAGCAAGGGGAUGAAGAGGAGGAGGAGGAAGAGGAAGAGGUGGAGGAGCCUCAUUGGGAGGUGUUGAGGGACAUUCAUGAUGAAAUGGCUGCUGAGUGGCUGCGCCGUGGACUGCUGAAACGAGCACUUGGCAAAUUCUUGUUGCCUUCUGAGAAGAUAGGAUCAGGUGAUGCGUCAUCCCACCCUCAUCAUUCUCUCCACUCUCACCAGUCUCGCCAGCUUGACAAGCCGUUUGGCUCCGGCAAGGGCUUUUUCCUGCCCUCGGAAAGGAGAGGAUGGCUGAUGGGAGGGAGCGUGAAGGAGGGCGAGGAGACGGGGGAGAAGGAUGAUGUGGAGUCUGGCGAUGGGGAUAGGGAUGCUGGUGUGGAUAGAGAUGAGGGUGGGGAUGGGGAUAUGGCUAGGGAUGGCCGUUUUGAGAAGGAUGACGGAGGGAAGACGGAGGAUGAGAGCACGGAAGGCUCAGAAUCCAAGUCAGGCGAACGAGCUAAGGCAGCAGCAGCAGCAGCAGCAGCAGCAGCAGCAGCAGCAGCAGCAGCAGCAGCAGCAGAAGGAGUGGUACCACCACCGGCUGCUGAAGCUGGAUUUUCCUCACCUGACCCAUCCACAGGCGCACAUGCCCCGUGCACCCCUCACAUACAGGACAAACGCAUCUUCUUCUCCCCCUCCACCGCCUCUCCGUCCCCAAUCCCCUCUUCCACCGCCUCCCCUUCCCCUCUCUCCUCAUUCACCCCCUCCCUCUCCACACCCUCUCCCCCCACUGUCCCAUCCUCCUCCUCCUCCUCCUCCGCUUCCUCCUCGUCAGCAUCAUCAAUGGCGCCCCACACGCCUCCUCUCCCCCCGCCGCCUGGCCGUGCGCUCGUCUUCUCCCCCGCCUCGCCCUUGGAGGAGCAGCCUGAGUCGACUCAAAAGUCAAACGCGCCUCCUCUGCUCCCUCCGCCUGGCCGUGUUCUCGCCUUCUCCCCCGCCUCGCCCUUGGACGAGCACCCUGAGGGCGCUAUUUCGGAGGCGCCUCAGAGAUCGCCUCUUUUGCCGCCUCCCCCUGGCCGUGUGCUUGCCUUCUCCCCCGUCACACCCUUGGGCGAGCGGGCUGAAGAAGACCAUACUAUAAAGGCGCCUCUAGAAUCGCCUCCUCUUCCUCCUCCCCCUGGCCGUGCGCUCGUCUUUUCCCCCGCCUCGUCCUUGGACGAGCGGUGUGAGGGUGAGAGCGUGUGCGCCACAGCAACCACUGGUGCUACCCAGCAACCACUCGCCAGUGCUACUCGUGGCGGGCAGAAACUCGAAUGGCGUGCAGGGGAAGGAGGAGUUACCACGAGGGUAGCUGCGGACACACGAGCAGAUGCAAGGGCAGAGGAGAGAGCAGAGGAGAGGGCAGCGGAGGGAGAAGGGGAGAGAGAGGAGACACGAGCAGGGAAAGCAGGAACCAUGAGGAACACAGCAGCAGUGACCUCACUCCCGGAGCGGCUGUCACCUGCGCACCAUCACUACCAGCACCCAACCUCGCCCUCCCAACAAGCGGCAUCUAUAGACCUGCCCUCCCCAUCCCAACAAGCUGCUUCAGUGGACCUAACCUCCGACCUGCCCUCACCCUCGCCCUCCCAACACGCAGCAUCUCUAGACCUGCCCUCACCGUCCCAGCAGGGAGUGUCAGUGGAACUACCCUCGCCGUCCCAGCAAGGCACAUCAGUGGAGGUAUCCCCAGUGGGGUCCCAGGGAGGGCGGAUGAAGCCGUGGCGCAGCAGAAGCAUUGGCGCCCGGGCAGGCAUUCCCAGCCCCAGAGCAAGCAUUCCCAGUCCCAGGUCUCGUGAAGCGGGGACAGCAGGAGGGGCAGGAGGAGCAGGAGGGGCAGGCGGGGCAGGGGGAGGGGCUGGUGGGUCUCUGGUUAGUCCCAGGUCAGGCAGGAUAUUGAGUCCGAGAGGGGGAAUGAGCGGGGCAGGGGAGGGAGAGGAGGGCAGGGGGGGUUCCCUCUCCUCUGCCUCGUCCGCUCGCCUCGCACGCCCGCCACUCCCAGCACCCCCCAUCGCCUCCGCCUCCUUCUCCCCCUCUCUCUCUUCUGCCGCCACCACCGUCAACGCCGCUGCCGCUGCCGCCGCUGCCGCUGCUGGUGCUGGUGCUGCUGAUGGUCUUUCCAAGCCCCCAUUGACUUCCUCCUCCUCCUUUGGCUCGCUUCCUCUCUCGUCCCUGCACUCGCAGCUCUCCCUACCACGCCUACCCCGCAUCACCACCGCGGCCUCUGCUGCUGUCAAUGCUGCUGCUGCUCGUACUGGCAGCUCCAUUGCUGCUGCUGCUGCUGCUGCCGCUGCUACUGCUGCGUCCAGUGCAAGGAGUCGCAGUGAAGGCAACAGCCCGUCAGUGGCAAUGACAUCUGCAAUGGCAUCUGGAAGGUCAUCAUCGGGCGCAGCAGGGAGCGCACUCAGCUUCUUCUCCUCCUCGCCCUCCGCCACCCCUCGCUCGCUCUCGCCCAGCCGAACAGCUCCACCGGUCAACCCGCGGCGCUGGCUCGACUGCCUCAAGUCGCACCCACUGAUCGGGCCCAAGAUCACGGCACGAGACGAGGGGCCGCUGCAGUUCAUUCAGGACAUUCGCAUUCUCGACUGCCCCAACAGCGCCAAGGGAGCACGAGUGGAGUUUCUAUUCCGCGCCAACCCCUUCUUUGGCAACAUCAGGUUUGUUAUCACGUUAUUGCCUCUUCGAUCUGUUGAUGCUCUAUCACCCACCCACUUCCUCACCCACUCUCCUUUCUCCUCUCACCAAUCUCCCAACUUUCCCCCUUCCACACUCCUCUCCCUCCAUUUGACCCUCGCCUUCCUUCCCAUUCUUCCCCUCGCUCUCCCUUUCCACCCCUUCUAUCUUCUGAGGCUCUCCAAAAUCCCCUUCCAUGAGCUGAAGCUAUUGGAAGAUGUGGUGACACAGGCAGCGGAGAGAGACAUCGAGGCUCCGGAGAGAAUAGUGACCAACCUGCUGGCAUGGUACUCGCACCUGGGGGAGGGCGCAGGGGACGACGAAAGCAGCAGCUGCGGCAGCAGCAGCAGUGGGACAGAAACCACAGAGGGGGAAUCUCUGGAAGUAGAGAGAGAGGGGAGUGGGAGGAGUAAGGGGAGUGGGAGGAGUGAGGGGACUGAGGAGGGUGAUGGUGGGUGCACUGGUACUAGUAGGUUGAUGGUAGCGGGUGUAGGGGCGGAGAUGAUUAAGGGUGAUGAGAGGAGUGGGGCCCGACUGGUGUGGCGGGAUGGGGUGAGAGUAGAGGAGAGAGGGGACGGGAAGGAGGAGGAAGAGGAGGAGGGGGAGGAAGGGAAGGCGAAGGAUGUGGGAUGGAAGCAGAUAGCUAGCCCCAUCCCGCCUCAACUCUCCACCCAUCGCCCGCCCGCGCUCCUUGCUCCCCCCCAUCCCCUUCCGCCGCUUUCCCCCUGCGCCACCACCCCUCCCCCUCCCCCCUGCCCAGCGCAACCCUGGUCUAAGCAGGGGCUGUGGCAGCUGGGGCUGAGACCCGGCCCAGAUGCGGCUAGGUUGAGAGAGGUGCGCUUGGAUAGCCUCAGUGCUGCUUUGAAGGGGCAAAAGUGGAGGCUGGGAGGGAGGGGGGCGGGUGAAGGGAAGGGGAAGUGGGGAGGAGGGAGUGAUGGGAGUGGGAGUGAUGGGGAGGAGGGUGGGGAGGAGGGAGAGGAGGAGGAGGAGGAGGAGGAGGAGGAGGAAGACGAGGUGGAGAGGUUGGGAGAGAUGCUGAUGAAACUGGAACAAGAGAGAGGGGCGGGGGUUGGGAAGGAGGAGGCGGAGAGGGGUGUGGAGGGAGGAAGGCAAGGUGAGGAGACAAGGGGAGGCGAGGAGGAGAGGGAGGAAGACAUUGGGAGUGAGUCUGAUGAUGGUAUGAUGCCAGGGAUGGUGGAUGGGAGGGAGGAGGAGGAGGAUGGCGAGGAAGGAACAGCAGCUGCAAGAGCGGCAGCUGCAGGAGGAAGGAGUAGAGCGAAGCCAAGCAGCAGCAGCUGCAAGAGCGGCAGCGACUUCAACGCAAGAAUAGAAGCUGGAGAUGAGUUUUACAGAUGUGGAGGGGAAGUUGCAGGGAGGGAGGCAAAUGCAAGCACCGCUUUGACCGCCCCACCCAAGGGGACCUCUGCACCAUCUGGAAGACCAUCCGACACAUCACUUGACACCUUCUCCCACACAUCACCUGAGACAUCACCUGACGGCACACCUGACAGGACCCCUGAAAGCACACCUGAAGGCCACCUGGGGAGCCACGGCAGCUGGAGCCUACGAAUGGGGAGUGAGAGUGAAGAGGCAGAGAUGCCGGGGAUGGGUUGGGCAGAGGAAGAAGAGGACGACUAUGAUGUGCCUCUAGAAGCGUUGCAGAGCCUCCGCCCUGCUGAGCCACACCCUCUCCUCCUCCUGCCGCUCAGACUCACCCACCACACUCCCACCGCGGCUGCUGCCGCUGCCGCUGCGGCUGCGGCGACUGCAGAAGCAGCGGAGGCAGCGGCGGCGGAAGUGGCGGCGGUGACAGCAGCGGCGGGGAUGCAUUCUGGCUGGCCUGCUGCAGGUUGCCUCCCUGCUCAAGCGCCCUCGUACAAACGCUCUGUUUGCCCCCUCUCUCCCCGUUUUCCCCUUGCCUCUCUCUCCUCGUCUAAACUUCUCAAGAUUCCCAUCACCUUCUCAUGUCGAAACGUGUGGGGUGAGUGCGAGUGGUGGAUGCUGCCUUACCGUCGCACAGGGGGGGCGACAGAGACAGAGGAGGGAGAGCAGGGAGAGGAGAACGCGGAGGAGGAAGAUGAGGAUGAAGAGGAGGAGGAGGAGCCUCCAGUGCUGUUAGCUCUCAAGUGGAGGGCAGCUGAGAGAUCCUCCUCUAGCGAGGUGCACCUGCACGGCACGUUUGAGGCUUCUCAGAAGGACUAUCUGCAGAAUCGUUUUUCCAAGGGAGAUAGAGAAUGGCAUGAGGAGGACAAUGGCAGCAGCACGGGCGGACCACCCUUCCAGUCGCACCACCACCACGCCGCCACCUCCCACUCGCCCACACUCCCCCCCCAGACGCACCUCACAGACCUCCCAGAUCCCCUCCUCGCUCUCAUCCUCGCCCGCAUCUCCCACCCUAGCGACAUCUCCGCGUGCCUCCUGACCAACCGCCGCCUGGCCCGCCUCACCCGCUCCUCCCUCUCCCUCCUCGCGCUCCCCCCUGGGGCCCGCAUUAAUAAGAGCGAUCUGCUGCCGUGUUUGGCUGACCCGGGGAGGUAUCCGGGGUUGGUGGGUGUGAUGCUGGGGAGGGAUGCGGUGGAGGAGGAGGGCGAUGAUGUUGUGUUGGCGCUGGCGGCGUGUGGAGAGAGGCUGGUGAAACUGGCCCUGGAUGGCCAGCCCAAUGGCAUGGAUCGCUCCAAGUGCCGUUCGCUCUCCAGUCUCGACUCUCUCUUCCUCUCCUGCACCAAUCUGCAAGCCCUUUCUCUCUGCACCGGUCGCUACACCCGCACGCUCCCUCCCACUCUCUCCUGCCUCUCCGCUCUCUCCUCUCUCACUAUCAACAACAGCGCAUGCAAACUAGUUCCCUCUCCACCUGCUUCAGCAGCAGCUCCACCGCCACCAGCAGAACCAACAGGAGCAACAGGAGCAGCAGCAGCAGCAGCAGCAGCAGCAGCAGCAGCAGCAGCAGCAGCAGCAGCCCACGGUAUAUCCCACCUGAGCCCCUCUCUCCACCACCUCUCCAGCCUCCACUGUCUCGAGCUCAUUAACUGCUCCUCCCUUCGCCACCUGCCCUCCUCCCUCACCUCCCUUCCUUCCCUGCGCCGCCUGGUCCUGCUCAACUGCCCCACCCUCACCGCCCUCCCGCAAGGAAUCUCCCGCCUCUCCUCGCUCUCCUCCCUCGUGCUCCUGCACUGCCCGCUGCUUGCUGGGAGCGAGCGGCAAGGGGAAGCAACAGAGGGGAGAAUUGCAUCAGGCGGAGAGACGCUGCUGCUAGGGCAGGGGACUUGCGAGAGGGGUGAUGAUUCAGCACCGAGGGGUGAGAACGCGGGUAUUGAAUCAUGUGGUAGAGCUUUAAAUGGAGGUCAUUGGAGCAGUGGCAGUGGCAGUGGUAGCGGCAGCGGCAGCGGCAGCAGUGGAGGCGGGAAACUAACAGAGCUGGUGGGCCUGCCGCUGACGAGAGUAGUGGUGGAUUCUCACACUCUCACGCUGCUGCCUCCAUCGCUCAUCUCCUCUCUGCGGCGCAACCUGGUGCUCCUGUCACCCUGA